GGUGAGCGUGAGCCUGGGAAAUGGCAGUGAUGGAAAUGGCCUGCCCAGGCGCCCCUGGCUCAGCAGUCGGGCAGCAGAAGGAGCUCGCCAAAGCCAAGGAGAAGCCACCACCGAUGGGGAAGAAGCAGAGCCCCGUUUACAAGCUGGAGGCGGUAGAGAAGAGCCCCGUGUUCUGCGGGAAGUGGGAGAUCCUGAACGACGUGAUCACCAAAGGCACAGCCAAGGAAGGCUCUGAGGGAGGGCCAGCUGCCAUCUCCAUCAUCGCCCAGGCCGAAUGUGAGAAUAGCCAAGAGUUCAGCCCCACCUUCUCAGAACGAAUUUUCAUCGCUGGGUCGAAACAGUACAGCCAGUCUGAGAGUCUUGAUCAGAUCCCCAACAAUGUGGCCCAUGCAACUGAAGGCAAGAUGGCCCGUGUGUGUUGGAAGGGAAAGCGUCGCAGCAAAGCCCGGAAGAAACGAAAGAAGAACCCGAAGUCCCUGGCUCAGGCAGGAGUGGCCUUGGCCAAACCCCUCCCCAGAACCCCUGAACAGGAGAGCUGUGCAGUCCCAGUGCAGGAGGAUGAAUCUCCACUAGGCACCCUGUAUGCUAGAAAUGCCCCCCAGUUCACCAAGCCUCUGAAGGAACCAGGCCUUGGCCAACUCUGUUUUAAGAAACUCGGCGAGGGCCUACGGCCAGCACUGCCUCGAGCGGAACUCCACAAACUGAUCAGCCCCUUGCAAUGUCUAAACCAUGUGUGGAAACUCCACCACCCCCAGGAUGUAGGCCCCCUGCCCCGGCCCGCCCACCCCUUCCCCUACAGCAAACUGCCCCAUCCCUUCCCAUUCCACCCUCUUCAGCCCUGGAAACCUCACCCCCUGGAGUCCUUCCUGGGCAAACUGUCCUGUGUAGAUAGCCAGCAGCCCCUGCCUGGCCCACACCUGAGCAAACUGGCCUAUGUAGAUAGUCAGAAGCCCCUGCCCGGCCCCCACGUGGAGCCUGGCUGCCCUUCUCGUGGUGCCCAUGAGAAGUUUUCUGUGGAGGAAUACCUAGUGCACGCUCUGCAAGGCAGCGUGAGCUCAGGCCAGGCCCACAGCCUGGCCAGCCUGGCCAAGACCUGGUCGGCAGGGGGCUCCAGGCCCCGAGAGCCCAUCCCUGAAACAGAGGACAACGAGGGGGUCCUGCUUACCCAGAGACUUAAGCCGGUGGAUUAUGAGUACCGAGAAGAAGUCCACUGGGCCACGCAGCAGCCCCGCCUGGGCAGAGGCUCCUUCGGAGAGGUGCACAGGAUGGAGGACAAGCAGACCGGCUUCCAGUGUGCUGUCAAAAAGGUGCGGGUCGAAGUAUUUCGGGCAGAGGAAUUGAUGGCGUGUGCGGGAUUGACCUCACCCAGAAUUGUCCCUUUGUAUGGAGCUGUGAGGGAAGGUCCUUGGGUCAACAUCUUCAUGGAGCUUCUGGAAGGUGGCUCGCUGGGCCAGCUCAUAAAGCAGAAGGGCUGUCUGCCCGAGGACCGAGCCCUUUACUACCUGGGCCAGGCCCUGGAGGGGUUGGAAUACCUCCAUACACGAAGGGUCCUACAUGGAGAUGUCAAAGCUGAUAAUGUGCUCCUGUCCAGCGACGGGAGCCGUGCAGCCCUCUGCGACUUUGGCCAUGCCAUGUGCCUUCAACCUGAUGGACUGGGGAAGUCCUUGCUCACAGGGGACUACAUCCCUGGCACAGAGACCCACAUGGCUCCAGAGGUGGUGAUGGGCAAGCCUUGUGAUGCCAAGGUGGAUGUCUGGAGCAGCUGCUGCAUGAUGCUGCACAUGCUCAAUGGCUGCCACCCUUGGACCCAGUUCUUCCGAGGGCCGCUCUGCCUCAAGAUCGCCAGCGAGCCCCCGCCUGUGAGGGAGAUCCCACCUUCCUGUGCCCUUCUCACAGCCCAGGCCAUCCAGGAGGGGCUGAGGAAGGAGCCUGUGUACCGAGCAUCCGCGGCAGAGCUGUGGGGGAAGGUCAGCCGGGCGCUGCAGCAAGUGGGAGGUCUGCAGAGCCCUUGGAGGGGAGAAUAUAAGGAACCAAGACGUGCACUGCCAAACCAAGCCAACUAUCACCAGACCCCCCACGCCCAGCCGAAGGAGCACUUGCCAGGGGCUCCAGGGCCCCUGCCAGCUGAGGACACAACAGGCGGGACCUGUAAGCCUCAGCUGCCUCUACCACCAGAACCCCCAGAGCCAAACAAGUCUUCAACCCUGCACUUGAGCAAGGAGGAGUCUGGGACAUGGGAACCCUUGCCUCUGUCCUCUUUGGACCCGGCCCCUGCCAAAACCCCCAACUCACCAGAGCGGAAAGCAACCUUCCCCGAGCAGGAGCUACAGCAGCUGGAAAUAGAAUUAUUUCUGAACAGCCUGUCGCAGCCAUUUUCUCUGGAGGAGCAGGAGCAAAUUCUCUCAUGCCUCAGCAUCGACAGCCUCUCCCUGUCAGAUGAGAGUGAGAAGAACCCAUCAAAGGCCUCUCAGAGCUCACGAGACACCCUGAGUUCUGGCAUACACUCGUGGAGCAGCCAGGCAGAGGCUCGAAGCUCCAGCUGGAACAUGGUGCUGGCCCGGGGGCGGCCCACCGACACCCCAAGCUAUUUCAAUGGUGUGAAGGUCCAAAUACAGUCUCUCAAUGGCGAACACCUGCACAUCCGGGAGUUCCACCGGGUCAAGGUGGGAGACAUUGCGACCGGCAUCAGCAGCCAGAUCCCAGCUGCAGCCUUCAGCCUGGUGACCAAAGAUGGACAACCUGUUCGCUAUGACAUGGAAGUGCCAGACUCGGGGAUUGACCUGCAGUGCACCCUAGCCCCUGAUGGCAGCUUUGCCUGGAGCUGGAGGGUCAAGCAUGGCCGGCUGGAGAACCGGCCCUAGCCCCGCCUUCCACUGCUGGCUCUACUCUGUCAGAAGCAGCCUUCCUUCUUGGUGCUCCAUGCCACCCGGAGAUCCAGGCUUAACCUGCUCCCAGGGGUUGGCAGCCACAACAUGGCAGCAAGCAAAACACCUGCCAGGGUUUCCCACCUGAGUCCUGCCUGACCCGCCAAGAGAAUACUUUGCCCACAUGCAGAGACGAGGAGGAAGACAGGAGGACCCUUGGGAAACGAACAGGUGCUUCUCUGCCUGCUCCAUAUAAGUUGGCCUGACCCAUUCAGAUCAGUGACCACUUGCUGGCAGUCAGGGGAGAGCAGCUUCCAGCCCGGGUCAGGAGGGGUGAGGCCCCUCAGCCCCCAGGUAGGGUGAGGGUGUCAGGUGUCCAAGGGCCCAGAUCGAGGUCUUGUACAGGACCAGGGCAGCAGGUUUGCCUGCCUUGGGUUAAUGGGGGUCUCUGACCCCUCGUCUGGCCUUGCCUGGCCAUCUAAGCCCCUUUCGGAUGUAGGAGGAUGGAAUGCCUGACACUUGGAAGUCUUCUUGUGUCAGAUUGCUGCCACACUGGUCCUGAGUUGAACUCCAGUUCAGCCAAGGACCAAAGGUAUUGAAGUGAAGUGAUUCUCAGUCCCCAGCACGUGCUCCUUGGUGGCUGGCCACUCUUCCCCAGAGUGUCACUGCCUCUGACUAGCUGGCACUCAGUUCCCUCAUCUGUUAAAGAGAAGGGUGACAUGAGGCCCACCUGUCAGGAAUUGUGGGAGGAUACGGCAUAACAGAGACUGAAGAAAGCGGGGGAUGUAGGCACUCCUGUUCCCCAGGAGCGCAGCUCAGCGUCACAUCGACCCUGCCCUGCCCCAUCCCAUGUCGCAGGGCACUGCCGACUACACUUUGCACUCUGAUGACCUCAAAGCACUUUCACAGCUGCCGUCCAGGAGGGUGGGACAAGCAGGCCAGGAGAUUGGUGAAGAGACUCAGUCUUGACCUGUCCACCUGCAUGUGACCCCUCAACCAUCUCAGAUUUCAAGAUGAGCACCCCCUUCCCCGUUGCCCGGCCAGCCUCUUCUCUUGGGGAGCUGCUCAUGUAGCAUUAAAUCAACUGUGAAUCGUUGGGAGGGAGGGGCCUGCUGGCCUUAACCUCCUAGGGCCUGGGGGCACUGAGACCCCUCUUUGGGAGAAGCUUGUCCCCACAUCUUGCCAAGGUGGCCUCUGUCCAGCUAUUCACAUCGAGCCAGACUGCUCCCAUGGAGAGAUCCCGCCCCAGCACAUGAAGAACUGCAGCCAUGGUACUGCAGAGUUCAGGUUGUAGAGAACUCUGUGAGCAAUAAAGUUUUGAGUGAUGACAAAUG